AAUUGCAAUUCGAGACUAAUAUCCAAACCCAGAUUGAUGAGACAGCUGUCCCAACUGGGAGGAGGGAUAGGAUUUGAAAAUUUUAGUUUUGGCGCACUUCAUCUUUCGAUGGCGAAGUCCGUAUCUAUCAACAAUCGUCAAAGAACAAGACAACAGCGUAGUUCCUCUCGUAUUGGAAUCGGUAAAGUUUCCAAAACCAAGUCUCAGACAAGGACCCAGCAACAAGUAAAAACAACUUCUCGAAACAGACCCCAACGGAGACAGCCAUCCCAAGUUGCCGAUGCUGGACGUAAGAGAAGAAAGGAACUGACAAAAGAGCAAAGCAGUAAGAAAACCUCCAACGUAAACAUCCAGAACUCCAUAAUCGAUGACAGCUCCUGUAUACUUGCUGCAGCUUUGGAUGGAGAACAACCAGUUGUGGAAAAAGAGGAACAAUGUACAGAACAUGUGGACCAAGCAGAUGCAGCAGAUGAUAUUCCAGAAUAUUUUAAAACAGAAUUUAACAAGAUCGAUUGCAACAAAGAGAACCAAGUUGUUAGAAUACCAGAAAACUUUCAAGCACAGGUUCUGUCUUUAGAAGAAGAGUUUGCAGAGGAAAGAAGAAAAUUGAGAGACAAGUAUAGUUCUCAGUUUGAAAGAUGGUUUGAAAUUCUCCAAGAGUUUAAUAUUUUGUGCUACGGAAACGGCUCGAAACGGAAUGUAUUGAAUGAGUUUGCGGAACACUGCAAACAAAGAUCAAGUACCGUGGUUGUUCAUGGAUACCACACACUUUUCUCUUUGAAAGAACUUCUUGUUAAGAUUGAAAAGGAGAUUCUCCAACUGCCAAUAGAGAUAUCUAAUAGGCGAACUCCAGCAGAACAAGUAAGGAGCAUUGAAAAGCACUUGGCCAAGGACUCUUUUCCUAGCUCUAUAUUUGUGAUAGUCCAUAGCAUAGAUGGUCCCAAAAUGCAGUCUUCGGAAAUCCAAGAAAUUUUAAGCCAUAUUGCAUGCAUCCCGAAGAUCAAUUUGGUUGCAUCCAUCGAUCAUUUCAAUGCUGCUAUGUUAUGGAAUCGAAAUGUAUAUCAACGCUUGAAUUGGUAUUGGGAACAAGUGGUAACAGAAGACUCAUACUUGUAUGAAAUUUCUGAUACAUCGUUUCUUACAAACGGCGAAGGAGAUGAAAGCCGAGUAAAAGCUGCUGUUUUGUUGUUUAGCACACUUACCAAAAACGCUCAUCAAAUUUUCCUGGAACUUGCUGCUUUGUUGGAAAAGUCGAAAGAAAGUAAGUUAUCUCAUACAAAAAGGAUGGCCAAGGCGAGAGGUGUUGAAACAGGAGUGGGUUUGCAUUCAUUUUAUGAGCACUGUCGUAAAAAGUUUCUUGUGAGCAAUCCAAAUAGUCUCAAGUCUAUUCUAAAGGAACUUAAGGACCAUGAACUUAUCAGUAUAACAAGUAGCUCUACAUCAGCGGAAACUAUUCAAAUUGAACUGAAGCCAAAACAAUUGGAGGCUGUUAUUUCUAUAUUGCAAGGAGAAGGGGCUAAGAAUCGAUAACGUUUUCUUCUUGUUGUUGUACAGUCAUAGCAGAUUUUUUUUGGAGUCAAGUGCUUUGAAUACAUACCUCUUUUGAGUAUAUGGAUGAUGGUUUUAAAAUAAGGUUUUCAUUUGAGUAAUAAGUAGAAAAUAAGCAAUUAU